UAAAAAUAUUUCCAAAAUUUUUCCCCCAACGUUUGCGCAGUGGAGCAGACAGGUGGCGCCAGCCGACAUAGCGAUCAAGGCGCUUGACAUCAUCACCAUAGUGAUACCGCCGGCGUUGCCGGCGGCCAUGACAGUUGGCAAGCUGUUCGCCCUCAAUCGCCUCAAGCUGUCAAAGAUUUUCUGCAUCAAUUCGCGCGUCAUCAACGUGUCAGGGUCGGUGGACUGCGUCUGUUUCGACAAGACGGGCACCUUGACCGAGGACACGAUGGACCUGUGGGGCGUGGUGCCGAUCGCGCACGCGCAGAUCCAGCCGGCGGUGCACAACAUCCGAGCGUUGCCGAGCUGCGGCGCGCUGCUCCGUUGCCUGGCAACCUGCCACUCGCUGACCGUGCUGGAGGGGAGGAUCGCCGGCGACCCGCUCGACGUCAAGAUGUUCGAGUCCACCGGAUGGGUGUUGGAGGACAACCACCGGCUGAUCACUGUGCGCCCCCCAGCCAAUGCGCAGCAGCAGAUCGCCAUCGUGAAGCAGUUCCAGUUCGCGUCCGCCCUGCAGCGGAUGUGCGUCAUCGUGCGGUCGCCCCAGCAACCCAACUUUGAGGUGUUCUGCAAGGGCUCGCCCGAGAAAAUCCUCUCGCUCUGUCGGCCGCAGUCGGUUCCCAUGGAGAUCCAUGCGAAGCUGCGCGAGCACACCGCGCAGGGCUACCGCGUGAUUGGCCUGGCCACCAAGCAGGUGGGGAUGGACUGGGGGGGCGUGGCCCACCAGCCCAGAGACGCCCUGGAGGCGGAGCUCACCUUUCUGGGGCUGCUGGUGCUGGAGAAUCGCCUCAAGCCGCAAACUGCGCGCGUCAUCCAGACGCUCAAGCAGGCGCAGCUCAAGGUGGUGAUGAUCACCGGUGACAACGUUCAGACGGCGGUGACGGUGGCGCGCGGUUGCCACAUCAUCGACCCCAGCUGGACGGUGGUGGAAAUCGUGGCGCAGCCCCCCACCAAGCAGGCGCCGCCCACUGUGGGCUAUCACGUGAUGGCCACGCCCACCGCCCCCCCAGUUUGCCGGGACGUGGAGAGGGGCGCCGACCGGAAGUGCUACGUCAUCACGGGGCCGGCGUACGCCACCGUUGCCAAGCAUUUCCCCGAGCUGAUGGCGAAGCUGAUGGCGUUGGGCGCGGUCUUCGCCCGCAUGACCGGCGCCCAGAAGCAGCACGUGGUCGAGCAGCUGAAGAGUCUGGGCUACUACGUAGCGAUGUGCGGCGAUGGGGCCAACGACUGCGGAGCCCUGAAGGCGGCGCACGUCGGCAUCUCGCUGUCGGAGGCGGAAAGCAGCGUCGCCUCCCCGUUCACGUCCCAGGAGGCGAACAUCUCGUGCGCCCCCCAGGUGAUCCAGGAGGGGCGCGCCGCCCUGGUCACCUCCUUCGGCGUCUUCCAGAUGAUGCUCUGCUACAGCCUGACCGAGUUCACCUCCGUCAUCAUCCUCUACGGCAUCGACUCGAACCUCAGCUCUUUUCAGUUCCUCUUCAUCGACAUUUGCCUGAUUUUGAACUUCGCGGCCACGUUCGGGCGCACGCGCGCCCACACGCGAUUGGCCCACCAGCCGCCCCGCACCAGCCUCCUGAGCUUCGUGCCCAUCUGCUCGAUGGCGCUCUUCAUGCUAUUGGCUGCCGGCGCGCAGACCUUCUCCUUCCACUACAUCCAGACGUUCGAUUGGUUCGUGCCCUUCCAGUACGACCCAAGCGCAGGCGGCAUCGCCGCCUUCACCCCCUCCUACGAGAACUACGCGGUCUUCUGCACCUCCAUGUUCCAGUACGUCACGAUGGCAGUGACGUUUUCCAAGGGCAAGCCCUAUCGGCGCCCGAUUUGGACCAAUCGCGUCUUCCUGGCGUGCCUGGUGGGGAUGACGGGCGCGUGCGCCUACCUGACCUUGAGCCCCGCCCAGUGGCUGGCCGGGGAAAUGGAGCUGGCAAUGCCGCCCCGCAUGGACGGCCGCUUGAUGUGCCUCUAUGUGGCAGCUGUCACUUUUCUGCUCUGCUACUUUGUGCAGUGUUGCCUAGUGGAAGUGCUGCUGGAGCAGCUGGCAACGCGCUGGGGCAACGCCGCCAAACCCCGCAGGAAUCAGCUGGAAAAUGGCGUCCAAAACCACGCAUUCAUCAUGCAGGCGCAGUGAUUUUCCGCUUUAAUUAGCGCAAUUAAACAGCACUCAACCACA